AAUGAGAUCCCGGUCUCGAGCAGCGUGUCAAGCUUUUGCGUGAUAUAUAACCACGUCGUGAUCCUAACAGUUCCAGGUCCUUAAGCACCUUGGCUCGGUCGAUCGAAGUUACUUUGCAAGGUCAUAGAGGCCAGUAUAUUUGAACCUUCCGCCUCACGUACCUAGGCGCCGGUCAACUUGGACCUUAAAACAGGUCAAUAUGGGGUCCGCACAACAACUAACUCCCUUCCCUCGUCCGCUGGGCGUCUUUCCGGAGUUCUUCGCAAAGCAGAGCGAGACGCUGGUGCUUAGGGAGAAAUUAUGGUCACUGUCGGGAAACGCCUUCGAUAUCCAACUGGCCAGCGGUCAAUCCUUCCUCAAGGUCAAGGGCGAGGCAUUCUCGAUAUCGAACCGGAUGAAUGUCACGGACAUGAGCGGCAAGUUCCUCUUCUGCAUACGCCAGAAGCUCCUGUCGCUGCACACGACGUACUACGCCGAGGAUGCCAACGGCAACGAGAUCUUAGAGGUGCGAAGCAAGUUUAAGCGUGAGUUCCUACCCGGACCUAUCCACGUACGCUAGUGCGCGGCGUCGUCGGCGUCGGCGCACCUCAUCGGCUGU